ACCUUGCAGUGCUCCGGACGCUGGGUCGCACAUAGGUGCUGGAGGUGCAGAGUAUCUGUGAGAACCGUCCCGAAACAGCAGUCUCUUCCAGGCAGUAAUAAAAACAAGCAGAGAUGGGAGUUGAGAACAUGGACAUGGAAGACACAGACUCUACUCUGAUGGAGAAGGGGACCAAGAAGCCACCAGCGCCCAGACCUCCAAACAAAUAUGAGACUCUGUUUCAGCCCUGCCUUGCCGAGAUAGUGGGGACCAUGUUCUUUGUUUUCAUCGGCUGCGUGUCCGUCAUCGAGAACGUGACUGCAGCUGGACGUCUGCAGCCGGCCCUGGUGCACGGACUGGCUGUGGCGAUUCUGGUGGCCGUCAUGGAUAAUAUCAGUGGCUCCCAUUUCAACCCUCCAUUCACUAUUGCCAUCUACCUGUGUGGAGGCAUGGAGCUGAUGAUGGUGGGUCCCUACCUGGUCAGCCAGCUGAUUGGAGGAGUGCUGGGAGCUGGGAUGGCCAAGAUUAUGACCCCUGCAGACCGAUACUACAACGCCACAGGGGCAGCCUUUGAUAUACUCAAGUCAGAGAGCCAGCUGACUGGAGCUGUCUUUGGGGAGGUGGCUAUGACUUGCUUGAUCACCAUGGUGGUGCUGCUGGUGGCAGUCAACGGCAAGACGAAAACUCCACUGGCUCCGUUCCUGGUGGGCUGCACCGUCAUCAUCAAUGUCCUGGCAGGGGGUGACAUAUCAGGAACGUGUCUGAACCCUGCCAGAGCUUUCGGUCCAGCUGUGAUGACCAACUACUGGAUCUACCACUGGGUUUACUGGGUGGGACCCAUCGGGGGUGGCCUGGUGGCCGCUGCUUUGCUCAGGCUCGUUCUGGGUGACGAAAAGUUACGAGUCGUUAUGAAAUGAUAACAGCCUCUAUUGUGUGUUUAUGACCACGACAAUAAACCUGUAAGCAUUGUUCUGUCUCACCAUAUCAGUAGGUACUCCUGUCUCAUGUCAUAAUGACUUUGAUGCCGUACUUUUUUUCCUUCCAUUUCAAACUGUGUGACUGUGUGGAUUUUUCACUAUGAAAUAAAGAACAAAACACGCA